UAUGUUUUUUUUUUUUAUGUUCUUGAAGCAAUCUUGAACUGGAAGUGUGGUAUCUAAAUCACUUGACAAAAGUAGUUGGGAUGGUGGUGGAGAUGAUAUCGCAAAUAAGAACAAGGAUGCUUGUUGUUAGAAAAGAGUAUGAUGUUCUCUACAAGACCGCUUGCAAGCUCCAUGACCACUGUAGUCACUGCUUCACUCGUUUGCAACGUUUAUUCACAGACCAGGAUCCGUCGAUUGGUGUAGAAUCCCUGAUCAACCUUCUGGCUAAAGUACUGGAACUCAAGACUUACUUGACAGGCAAGAAAUGCAGCUCUUUAGAUUAUUAUUUGCAGAAGUACAUGAAGGAUAGUUUUUCAUUAUCAUAUGAAAGGUAUAAACUGAUUGGAACAACAGAACUAAAACUGAAUUCUUACACAACACCUUUAUCACCGAAACUGAUGAACCUGUUGCUAUUAAAUAUACGAAGUGAGGUCGAUCAUUUUCAGGAGAAUUAUCAAAAACCUUUUGAAAAAUUUUUUGAUCUGACUGCUCUUGCUGCUCGUGAAUUUUACAAAUCAUUGAUGCAAGACGUAGGGGCCCUCUGUGAACAGUGCCUGGAGUUGGAGCACUCAAACGAUAUAGAUCUAUUAAUGUUAAGUCUGGCCUAUCGCUUGAAUCAGCUGGACCUGAAAUGGAAGAACUACAUUCCAAUACGUCUUCAAAUAUGGCGACAUCAGUUUCAUUCUCAGGCAAAGCUGUGGCUAGAUGUGUUGAGGCAGCACACAUUAUCGUUAGUCAUUCAGGCAGUGAGUAAAGAUUCGUACAAAACUCAGAUACUUCCUAAAGAAGGCUUCCCAGACAUGUUAAAUUCUCACCGUCCACGAAAUUCAUCAUUUCUCCAAGCCUCGCAAACAUCUGCAUUUUCAGCCGUUGCAGGAUUAAACCGUGUCUCUCCACUUACAGUUGAAGUUGAAAUUCACCAACAACCGUUGAAAGAUCCUCCCCAGAGUGCAGCGGCGUCAAAGGUGACUCGUCGUCAAAUUAGUAAGCUAUCAGUGCAAACCCCUCUACAAAUGGAACAUCCCUUCUCAAGCAGUAUCGAGGAUGAAUCUUUGCGCAAUUCAACAACACAUCAAGAACAUCUCUUGCAGUGUCCAAAGGGUAGGACUAGUAUGUCACAGGCUAAGACCAAAGGCUUUAAAAUAGAGAAAGAAGAAGUUAAUUCUGUAUCACCUGAUAAUCACAAAGAACAGUUACUUAGUGAAGAUGAUGCAAGGUUUUACACCCCUACACCAGAAAUGGAACAGUCCAAAAUUGAAAGUUAUAAGGAAACUGGUUUGACUGAUGAUGAAGUUAAGCUGUUGACGAAUGACCAAUAUGAAAACUCUACUUAUGAAAAUGACAGUGCGAAGGAAACGUGCGCACAAGCACCGAAUAAAACAUUCAUAAUUCGAGAGGAUGCCAGAGAAAUCUGUAGCUCGGCAGCAACUACGCCAUACAGUCAAUACGAAGAUGCUUUCAGCAGUUUAGGUAAAGAAAGUCCAAUCAAAUUCAUAGCAAACCAAAAGUCAACGAGUGUGGAGUCACCAGGCUUAGAAAAUCCAAGGAGGUUCAUGUCGCCUGGUCAAAUGAUCCCGCAUCGAAGGUUUCUGCAUUCAACAUCAUCAUUUGAAACAGCCAGUGAGGGCACAUUCUACCCCAGAUCACUUAGUCCAUCCGAAACGAGGGCAUCCAGCAGGAUAGACUCACCUGGUCUGUACAGACCCCAUCCAUCCGUUCCACAAAUGCAGACGUGUAGAGAACAGUCUGAUACCAUGUGCAGCACUAGUGACAGUGAGAGCAUGCAGUCCGGGGAUUUGAAUAGCCUGGUUGAUAAUGCUCCAGAACCGGAAGACAAGAUGCCGUUUUCAAACAGCGUUGUCGACAUGGUAUGUAUCAUACAAAGGUACGCAGAGUUCAUGCAGAGUUUGUGCAGUACAAUUUAUCCGAUUCUUGAAGGCAAGGAAGCGCAAGAAGAAAUGGCGGUAGAUGGAGCAGGAGGAGGAGAUGAUGAUUCGUACGGUGGAAGAAGGUCGAUGGCAACAGCCACCAUGUCAUGGAACGAUGCUGCAUUUCAGAUGAGAGAAGAGCUUGCCAUUAAGAUGUACAUGACCGUCACUAGCUGUCUACAACUUUACGCUAACAACAUGUUAUCGAUAGAUCUGUGUGCGACACCGGCUACCAUUGGAAGCAAGCUGAUCGCAUCUCAGGUGCUGGAGAGUAUACGUUUUAAUAAGAAGCAAGGUUUAAUCUGGGGUUGUCGCCAUAUGUUGAAUGGAUCCAACGAUUGUAAUAAGUACUUAAACCGAGAUGCUGACUACGUCAGUGAUGCCUUUGAACCAGUCACUGAAGAGAUGUGCAUUAGAAUCAACAAUAUAGCAGCUCUCCUUAAUCUUAUGCCAUCAUUUAAUGGUCUCCUAGCAACAGUUGUUGGUGAUUUAGAAUCUACUUUAGACAUGGGCAUGGCAGAUCUUCAUGAAAACCUUUGGCAUCAAUCGCAAUGUCAUUUACAGCAAGUGAUUGAUGGUCAAACCAAGCUGAUAGCCCAUAAGUUGAACUUAUUUGUUCAUCAAGCCUUGAAGCUGUUGACAAACUUGAACAUGAUUGGCUACACUAUUGCCAAACGACUUCAACCAAUCACUGACUUCCUCGACAAUCACAUGAUAGCAUUUAGCAGAUGGCUUUACCCAGAAUCCUUUCAGAAAUUCUGCCAUGCAUUAUGGGAAAAUAUUAUGGAGGAUUUUAAAGUAGAAACAGAGAUGUUGAAAAUGUUGGACAACGAAUCAGACAACCGAGCUCUGUUGCUUUUACAGGCCAUAGGGCAUAUGGUUGAGUUCAUGUACCAUGAUGGUGAUGGCUUAGAUAUUGAUUUUCUCAUAAAACCAGCAGAACAUACUAUGUAUCUGUUACAGCUACAUUCGAUGGAUACACGACAUCUCAUCGCUCUUUAUAAACAGCUACUAUCACAGAAGAUGGAGGCCAGCAAUGAUACCUCCAGCCUCAGCAUGUGUAGUGGGAACCAUGUCCAGCUUCCUCCGGUCGAAGUGCUUCAUUGCAUGUACCGUGAUUUACAUGCUAUUCGCAAGUGCUUCAGUGGACAGCAGUUACUUCACUGGAUUCAAACUAAUACUGAAUCAAAAGAUCCACAUGGUGUUUGUCAAAUGUUACUAGAUCACAGUAUAAUUCAGACAACAAACCAGAGCAAGAAUCGUUCGAGAAGUGAAGAUACGCCAAUCAGUUGGAAUAGCGAUGUCCACAUCAGAAUGAGUACAUCACAGGCAUUCCCUGAGAUCUCUAUCCAUAGCACACCACAUAGUCAGUUCUUUCGAAAUCGAUCCAUAUCAGAGGUCUUUGAUGAUGUUGCCUCAAACAGCAAUUCCAAUGAAAGUUUCCAGAAUACAGAUCCAAUAACUGAACAAGGCAUAGUAAAUGAAGGAUUCAUUUCAGAUGAGGUCGUUGAAGGAGAAUUGCCACCAGUCCAUGAUGGAGAAGUCAAAGCUCUGGGGCAAAUGGAUAAUGCAGAUAUCACUGAUCAUAGCAUUACCGACAACAAUAUUCAGAUUAACAAUCCAGAUGAUCUUCAGUUUAAUUACUUAACACAUGAAUCAUUUGAGAAUCUUUCUCAGGUAGGCUGUGAAAAGGAACUCGGAGCUGAUAUAAGCAAUGACAGCGGUAUCACUCAAUCUCAAGAAGCUGUAGAUCAUUCUGAAUCUGACAGACCAAGACCUCUCCAUGGCUGUCUGAUGUCACCAAUAUCUGACAUCAGCAUCACAUCCAGCCAGACCUCAUCUUCCAGUCGAGUCUUCACAAGUGAUGAAUUUCACUUCUAUCGUUUUGCAGAUGUUGAUGAUGAAGAACUCUACAGUAUGAUCAGUCAGGUAUCAGAAUCAAGUUCUUUGAAUGCCAGACAAAGGCAUCAUAGUUCUGGUCUUCAUGCCAAGGACAAAGCAGUCAAUCCAGAAUUUGUGCUCUUUAUCAUCUACAAUCGGCGCAAAGUCAAUAAGGAAGCAAAGUCAUUUUCUGAAGGAAUUUCUGGAGAAAUAACUGCUACAAUAAAAGGAGAUUCAAAUCUAAAAUAUUGUUGGUGUCUAUAAUUUGGUGUAGAAUAUGUAUUAUUCUUUUUUAAAAUAAUGUGCAAAAUCCAAAAUCAUAGUCUUCCAAAAUACCAAGUCAAAAGUUGCCUAAUUCCAAUAGAUAAUUUUCUGUUACAUUAUACUCUAUUAACUAAAAUAUAUGGGUAAUUUAUUGGUGGAGAGCAAUCAAGUGAUGACCCUUUGACAUUUUUCCUACUGUUAAACAUUUCUAUAAAGCCCAAAAAUAGCCACAGUUCUCUUGUUAUUAUGGUUACUCCUCUCCUUCAGGACUGCACCACCAACAAGCAAAUUAUUUCAAGGGAAUUCAGGAAAGUUUAAACACAUUUUAAUUUGGAUAUGGCAUGUACUGAGUUCUUUAGUAGGAUUAUUUUUCAUUACAUUUACUGCAGUAAGUACUGUAAUCCAAAUUUUGGUCUGGAACCCAAGCUAUUCCAUCACUUGUUGUUUGUUUAUCUGGUUGGACAUCUUGGAACGUGCAAUGAAAAAAAA